AUGUCAUUCGUCACGAUUGAUUGUUACGUUGUUAAAUGGGUUCGCCUGGACGGGGAAAGUUUUGCUAACGCAGGGGGAGAUAACCCAUUUCCACGUUUCAACUUCUCCCUAUCUAUCUAUAAUUCUGUUCAUCUCUCCCAAUCUGCUCAUAUCUAUCUGUUCAUAUCUACCUUUUCAUAUCUAUCUAUCAGUUUAUAUCUAUCUAUCUAUCUAUCUAUCUAUCUAUCUAUAUCAGUUUAUAUCUAUCUAUCUAUCUAUCUAUAUCUAUCUAUCAGUUUAUACCUAUCUAUCUAUAUCUAUCUAUCUGUCUAUCUAUCUGUUUAUACCUAUCUGUUUAUACCUAUCUAUCUGUUUAACUUUAUACCUAUCUAUCUAUCUAUCUAUCUGUCUAUCUGUCUGUUUAACUUUAUAUCUAUCUAUCUAUCUAUCUAUCUAUCUAUCAGUUUAUAUCUAUCUAUUUAUGUCUAUCUUCUGUUCAUAUCUAUCAGUUUAUCUAUCUAUCUAGCUAUAUAUCUAUCUGUUCAUAUCUAUCAAUUUAUAUCUGUCUAUUUAUAUCUAUCUAUCUUUCCACAUCUAUCAGUUUAUACCUAUCUGUUCACAUCUAUCUGUUUCUGUCUAUCUAUCUAUCUGUUCACAUCUAUCAGUUUAUCUAUCUAUAAUAUCUCUCUCUGUUUAUCUAUCAAUUUAUCUAACUGUCUAUCUAUCUAUCUAUCUAUCUAUCUAUCUCUAUCUAUCUCUGUUCAUAUCUAUCUUAUAUAUCUAUCCAUCAUUCUAUUCAUAUCUCCGGCGGUUGCAUUUGUCUGUCUCUCUAUCUAUCUAUCUAUCUAUCUAUCUAUCUAUCACGACGCCCUGCCUAUUUUGUUCUUGUACAACAACAACCACCGACGAACAGUCUUCUUCUCAAACAUCAAAACAAACGGCAUUUAUUGCUCAACCACAAGAAAAACAGAUUCGCCAGACGAGUAUAAAAGAAUUCAUGAAAAGUCAGAAAAAUGCCUCAGGGCCUGUUGCAAAACAAGCACGAAGAGCAUAGUAAAUCUAAUGAUUGAAAUAUGUUGA